CGGGGCAGGCCAAUGAGCUGACGGCUGCGGCCGGCGCGGGGCCCAGGCCCUGGCACAGUGCUGGCAGGCUGUGGCUGGGGCCGCGAGCGGGGAUCGCGGCGUGGAGGUGCUCGCUGAUACCGGCGACGACGAGUCCAGAGCCCUCGGCCAGGAGCCUAGCUAACUGCAGUGGGGACCCGGGCCCAGGGCCGCGAAGCUGUGGCGGGAGGACGAUGGCAGCGCCCGCCGGGGCCGGAGCACUGAUUGCAUCCCCAGACCGCCGGCGCUGUCUGUGGUCGGUGCUGGCGGCGGCGCUCGGGCUCUUGACAUAUGGUGUAUCGGCCUUGGAGGUGUAUACACCAAAAGAAAUCUUCGUGGCAAAUGGGACACAAGGGAAGCUGACAUGCAAGUUCAAGUCUACUAACACAACUGGCACGCUGACCUCAGUCUCCUGGAGUUUCCAGCCAGAGGGGACUGACACCACAGUGUCGUUUUUCCACUACUCCCAAGGGCAAGUGUAUGCUGGGAAUUAUCCACCAUUUAAGGACAGAAUCAGCUGGGCUGGAGACCUUGACAAGAAAGAUGCAUCAAUCAACAUAGAAAAUAUGCAGUUUAUACACAAUGGCACCUACAUCUGUGAUGUCAAAAACCCUCCUGACAUUGUUGUCCAGCCAGGACACAUUAGGCUCUAUGUUGUAGAGAAAGAGAUUUUGCCCGCAUUUCCAGUUUGGGUAGUGGUGGGUAUAGUUACUGCCGUGGUCCUAGGUCUCACUCUGCUUAUCACCAUGAUUCUGGCUGCCCUAUAUAGAAGGAGAAACUCUAAACGGGAUUACGCUGGCUGCAAUACAUCAGAGAAUGUGUCACCAGUUAAGCAGGUUUCACGGAAGUCUCCCCCUGACACAGAGGGUCUAGUAAAGAGCCCGCCUUCUGGAUCUCACCAGGGCCCAGUCAUAUAUGCGCAACUAGACCACUCUGGCGGACAUCACAGUGACAGGAUUAACAAGUCAGAGUCUGUGGUGUACGCAGACAUUCGGAAAAACUGAGAAGACCGUGAUCACAUCCUAAGCAAUAAACAAAUCCAAACUGGACUCUUGUGCAGAAAAUGUAGCCCAUAACUGUGUGUGGCCUUGGAAACCGGAACACGGAGAAGCACAUGUUUAGUCAUAGAGGGAGAAAAAGAUGUGUAUAAAGGAUAUGUAUAAAUGUUCUAUUUAAUCUUCCU